CAGUUCCGUUUCUUACCCUUCUUUUUUUUCGAUUUUCUUAAGCCAUCUGUUGCGUCUCUCUCUGCGAUUUUCUUCACGGUUCGGAACUAGAAGUUUCUCUCUUUCUCUCUACGAUUUCCCUCCUCAAGGCACCAGUGUUAGAUUAUGGCUCCUUGUCAUAACGAAAGUAUCCAAGGAUCUCAAAUUUUCCCAAAAACAAUGAAAAUUCAAUGCAGACUUACUCAGUCUGAGAAAGUGAUGGAUCAUUCUGGUUUCUAUGGAGGAGCAGAAGAGUAUUGUGGCAGCAAUGAAUCUGGCUGGACAAUGUAUAUUGCUUCUCCCAGCCAUGAUCAAUAUGAUGAUGAUGAUGGCUAUGAUGAUUAUGACCAUCAUCAUCAUCAUGACACUGCAGUGAGGAGGGUAAGAAGUGUUAUGAAUUGUGAUGAAGAGGGAAAUGAUCAGAAUGGUGAGAGUGAUGACUCCAUGGCUUCAGACGCGUCAUCGGGUCCCGUUCAUCAACAAGACUGUGAUGAAAGCUUGGAGAGAAUCCAUGGAAGGGAGAAACUGGGAAAGUCUGGGGCUGAGAAAGAAACUGUCAAGAAACAUGAAAAGGAAGAAGAAGAAGAAGAAGAAGAAGGAAUUGAGUUAACAAGUAAGAAGAACAGCAGAGUGGGAAGAGGGGAAGAAGAUGCACAGAGGGCAGCUGCAAAGAAUAGUUCUUAUGGCCAAAACAGAUCAUUUCUAAGAAGGAAACAAGUGAAUAAUUAAAGGUCAUCUAAAAUCAAGAAAAGCAAGAACAUGGGUGAAGUUCAUCAGAAAAAAAAGGGCAUGUUUUGGUUAAUACACCAUGUGAAAAGGUCUCAUUUUUUUGUGCUUGUGUGAUCAUAUCACCAUUUUUUGUGUGCAGCAUAUGGAAUUUUCAUUUUAUUAAAUUUAUUUGUUUUUU